AUGUCACGUCAACUCGAUCGUAGCAGUUACUUUUUUACAAGAAAAGAAAAUGAAAAGUUGUUCCAUGAUCUUAUAGAUGUUUUCUGUUGUCACAUAUGGCACUUUGCUGACACUUAUGAUGUGUGCUCCAAAACUAGAGGUCCUUUUGGUACCAUGAGGUUCAGAGCUGAGCAAUCACAUGGUGCAAACAAUGAUAACGACAUUGCUAUCAGACUCUUGGAGCCCAUUAAGGAGCAGUUUUCCACCCUCUCCUAUGUUGCUUUCCAUCAAUUGGCUGGUGUUGUUGCUGUUGAAGUUACUAGAGGAUCUGAUGUUCCCUUUCACCCUGACAGAGAGGUUAGUCAGAGUAUCUCUGCAGCUUUUUAG